CAUCCUGUCUGCAUUUUUUCAGGCGCACCCCCUCCCUCGCGCCUCCAGUGUCUUGCUCCCGCCUCUGGGUGGGCCGAACAUGCGCACACGGGAAGUCCCGUCCCGUUUACCCCCGGAAGUGCUUCCUUAGCCCGCGGCGCAUGCGCGCUGGGGCGUAGUCGUAGUGGUGGUGGAGGCUGAAAAGUCGACGGAACGGCGGCCUUGUUUGCAGCAGGUUUCUCCCCAGACUGAUAGAGCCCCAAGGCCCUCACCAUGGACUUCCAGCAUCGUCCAGGGGGCAAGACUGGGAGUGGGGGCGUGGCCUCCUCUUCGGAGAGCAACCGUGACCGCAGGGAGCGCCUCCGACAGUUGGCCCUGGAGACCAUCGACAUCAACAAGGACCCUUAUUUCAUGAAGAACCAUCUGGGCUCAUAUGAAUGCAAGCUGUGCCUGACGCUUCACAAUAAUGAGGGGAGCUACCUCGCACACACCCAGGGGAAAAAGCACCAGACGAACUUGGCCCGGCGAGCAGCCAAGGAGGCCAAGGAGGCCCCUGCCCAGCCGGCGCCAGAGAAGGUCAAGGUGGAAGUGAAGAAGUUUGUGAAGAUUGGCCGCCCAGGCUACAAAGUGACCAAGCAGAGGGACACGGAGAUGGGCCAGCAGAGCCUCCUCUUUCAGAUCGACUAUCCUGAGAUUGCUGAUGGCAUCAUGCCACGCCACCGCUUCAUGUCUGCCUAUGAGCAGAGGAUUGAGCCCCCCGACCGCCGCUGGCAGUACCUGCUGAUGGCCGCCGAGCCCUAUGAGACCAUUGCCUUCAAGGUGCCGAGCAGGGAGAUUGACAAAGCCGAGGGCAAGUUUUGGACUCACUGGAACCGGGAAACCAAGCAGUUCUUCCUUCAGUUCCACUUUAAGAUGGAAAAACCUCCUGCCCCACCAAGCCUGCCCGCUGGGCCUCCUGGAGUGAAAAGACCGCCACCCCCACUGAUGAACGGUUUGCCUCCACGACCACCGCUGCCUGAGUCUUUGCCUCCACCUCCACCAGGAGGCCUGCCUCUGCCCCCCAUGCCGCCCAGUGGGCCUGCGCCCUCAGGGCCCCCAGGCCCUCCCCAGCUGCCGCCCCCAGCUCCUGGCGUCCACCCGCCAGCACCAGUGGUCCACCCUCCAACAUCUGGGGUCCACCCUCCAGCUCCUGGGGUCCAUCCCCCAGCACCGGUAGUCCACCCACCAUCAUCUGGGGUCCAUCCCCCUGCUCCUGGAGUUCACCCUCCAGCUCCAGGAGUCCAUCCUGCAGCCCCAGGCGUCCAUCCUCCUCCAUCUGCUGGAGUCCACCCCCAGGCCCCAGGGGUGCACCCACCAGCUGCUUCGGUCCACCCACAGGCCCCAGGGGUCCACCCCCAAGCCCCUGGGAUCCACCCCCAGCCUCCUGGGGUCCACCCCCCUCCUCCUGGAGUUCAUCCUCCAGCUCCUGGGGUCCACCCCCAGCCUCCUGGGGUUCACCCUUCCAAUCCUGGGGUCCACCCCCCAGCUCCCAUGCCCCCAAUGCUGAGGCCCCCACUGCCUUCGGAGGGCCCUGGGAACAUUCCACCCCCUCCCCCAACCAACUGAAAAGCUGCCCCCUGUCUCUGCAAGUUUCCUCCCAUGCUUUCCUGUAUUUUCCCUGUCAAAGUUUGGUGUUUUUGUAUGGGACCGUGCCGUGUCCCUGGAGCUCAUUAAACGGCUGCCCCAGGCA